AUGGCCUGCUGGUGGGCCAGCUGGCUGCUCCUGCUGGUGGAGGCUUGGGGGGCCCACUUGGCACAGGGGAUGCUGGAGCCCUGGGCCCAGGAAGCUCCAUGGCUGGGAAACACGUCCACGUUCCAGGCCAACAGCCUGCAGCGCCGCCUGCCCCAGGGGAUCAUCAUUGGGGUGCGGAAGGGGGGUACGCGGGCCCUGCUGGAGAUGCUGGCGCUGCACCCCCAGGUGGCUGCUGCCCAUGCUGAGGUGCACUUCUUCAACCGGGAGGAGAACUACCGCCGGGGACUGGGUUGGUACCGCCAGCAGAUGCCCUUCUCAGGCCCUGGCCAGCUCACCAUGGAGAAGACCCCAGGCUACUUUUCCUCCCCGCAGGCCCCUGAGCGCGUCCGCGCCAUGGACCCUGCCAUGCGGCUGCUGCUCAUUGUGCGGGACCCGGUGGAGCGACUGGUGUCGGACUACACCCAGAUCCUGCACAACCGCCGGGCGCGGUGCAAGCCCUACCCGCCCCUGGAGAGACUCCUGCUGCGGGGGGACCGGGGCCUCAACACCCGCUACAAGGCCAUCCAGCGCAGCCUCUAUGCCUUGCACCUAGCCCCGUGGCUGGCUGCUUUCCCCCCGGCCCACAUCCAUGUGGUGGACGGGGGUGGCCUGAUCCGCGAGCCCCUGCCUGAGCUGCGCCGUGUGGAGCAGUUCCUGGGCUUAACACCCAGCCUGCGUCCUGACAACUUCUACUUCAACCAGACCAAGGGCUUCUACUGCCUGCAGGCUGGGGCCCACCAGCACUGCCUGGAUGAGUCAAAGGGGCGGCCCCACCCACCCAUCACUGAGCAGCUGCUGGAACAGCUCUGUACCUACUUCAGUGCCCACAAUGAGCACUUCUUCAGCCUGGUGGGGCGCACAUUCAACUGGUGCUGA